GCUAACGACCCGAGCGAAGAUCGAAGUCUUAACAUGGUGAAGUCGACAGAUGAAGGUGUUCAGAUUAACGCGGUGUUUGACGGCCACGGCGGCGCUAGGGCAGUUGAGCACCUCCGCACAUCCCUGUGUCAAAGUAUACUAGCUGAAGUGACCUCAAAGAACUCCAGUGAUGAGGUUUCUGCAAUUGUGAAGAGCGCCUUUUCUCGCUGCGAUGACGAGCUGAAGCAGUCGCUCAUGGCUCUUCCCCCAAAUGUUCGCAUGUCGAAGGGCUAUUGCAACGCCGGCUCGUGCGCGGUUAUUGCACUGUUCAUCAACUCGGUUCUCUACAUCGCGAAUGUGGGGGACUGCGCUGCUGUUCUGGGCAAAAUCAGCAAGGAGACUCAAGGACUUCAGGCUGUUGAAGUCUCAGUUGACCACUCCUGCAACAACCCGCACGAAGCCAAGCUCGUCGUCGAGCGUUCUCACGAUCGGAACGCCAUCAGAAUGAGCAAAGACGAUCAAGCCACUGGGGCUGGCAUCGUGGGCGUUAAGCGCGUUGCUGGUAGCUUGGCGAUGACCCGCGCGUUUGGAGACUUCUACCUCAAGUGUCCUGAGCUCAGCUCAGCUCCUUUCAAGAGCAAAGUGCCUUACAUCACCUCAGAACCCAGUAUCACGACUGUGUACAUGGAUGGCAGCGAGAAAUACGUCAUCUUAGCGAGCGACGGAUUGUGGGACGUCAUGACCCCACAAGAAGCUGUGCAUAUCGUCGACAAGUUCGAUUCCGAUCAGGCGCUGUUCUUUUCAACAGCGAGCGCAGCUCUCAUCCACGCCGCCUUAGAGAAGAUCGCGCAUCGAGACGGGCUCAUGAUGCACGAGCUGAUGGCUAUGCCACAAGGUCCGGUGCGGAGACGUUUCCACGACGACAUUACCUGCACGGUGGUGUACAUCAACCAUCAGAACGGAUCUCAGCCCGCUGUGGCGAGUGACAGUAAGACUGAGAGCACACCUGAGGCGUGA